AUGUUGCAGAAAAACAUCAACGUUCUCCAAGACGAAGAAUUGCCCAUGAAUAUGCUCUACCAACAAAGCCCUCACAUAAGCAUUUUCCAAGAGCAUGACAUGCAAGUGAACCGAAAUCAACAACAAAACCCGCAAAUGAGUACUUUUCGCCAACAAAACACGAACAUGUUGUACGAGGAAAACUCGGUGAGGAACAUUGAGCAUAAUCCAAGUGCGAUUAGACAAACUCCCGUCAGGGAGGGCGGCAAUAGGAGGCCCGAAAGAGAAAAUGAUGUAGUAGAGGCGGUUGAAACACUCGGUGUAGAUCAGAUCAACGACACUAGGAAGAGAAAACGUAAAAUAUUCAAUCGGCACACCCCACAACAAAUUCAAGUAAUGGAGAGAUUUUUCAUAAAAUGUCCUAAUCCUGAUGAGGUCCAAAGGAGGCUCUUGGGGCAAGAAAUAGGAAUGGAGCCUUUGCAAAUGAUUAAUGAGCGUAACGAGGUCUUGAAAUUGUCUAAGAGUAAUGAAAGACUUAAGGCGGAAAACAAAAUAUACAAAGAAGCCCUCAAAAAUGCUAUAUGUCCUUUAUGUGGCGUACCCAAAUCAUCUGAGAACCGAAGCGAGAUUUUGUUGGCCGGUCACAAUUUGCCCGCCCACAAUAUUGAGAAGAGUGCUAACAUUAUCUCAAGGUUGAAGGCGUCUCGAAACAUCAUGCCAAGACAAUCGCUUAAAAUGGGAUUGAGAAACGGAGUCUUGAAUCCAACAACCUCGGCCAAUGAACAUCGGUAUCCGUGGGGCAAUCAACCGGACAAGGAUAUGAUUAUGUAUCUAGCACAUCUAGCAAUGGAUGAGCUUGAUAAAUUGGCCCAAAUUGAACAUCCUAUGUGGUUUCCAAAUGUUGUUAAUAGCACCGGCUCUAAGUUGAACGAGACCGAGUACAAUAGGGUUUUCGCAAGCAGAUUAGGGCCUCACAUUCCAACUCUCAAAUGCGAGUCGUCUCGCCAUACCAACAACAUUUUCAUCGAUCCCUUGGACCUUAUUAAUAUUUUCUUGGAUAUGAACCAAUGGAAGAAAUUCUUUCAUGCCAUUGUUGCUAAAGCUAUGACUUUGGAAGUCUGGUCAACUGGAACCGAAGAAAAUCGUGACGGGGCCUUGCAAGCGAUAAACGUAGAAUUGCAUGCACCUUCUCCAUUAGUUCCAACCCGAGGAAGUAUGUUAGCAAGGCAUUGCAAGCAACUCGGAGAAAAAAGGUGGGGAAUUGUGGAUUUUUCUAUCGAUAUUGUUCGACCAAGCGAUGAAAUUAAAUAUAGAAAAAGGCCUUCCGGGUGCAUAAUUGAUGAUUUGGGCAACGGAGUGACAAGAGUUACAUGGAUAGAGCAUGUUGAAGUGGACCACAGUGGCGUUCAUGCACUCUAUAAGCCUCUCGUCAAUCUCGGCUUAGCUUUCGGUGCCAAACGUUGGUUAGGGAUACUCGGGAAGCAAACUGACCGUCUCCAAUAUUUUCUGUCCACUUUGGUACCUUCUAACGACAUGGUGGUGACUAGUGUAGAAAGUAAACGAUGCAUUACUCGAUUGGCGGAGAGGAUGGUAGAAAGCUAUAGCGUGGCAGUGAGUUCGGCCGUCGAUCAUCCGUGGAGUUUAGUUGAUCCUACGGCCGGACCAAAAGAAACAAGAAUUCUCAUAUCGAGGAACACUAAGAAUCCAGGGCGUCCAUUAGGUACCAUGCUUAGUGCUACAAAUUCCUUUUGGCUUCCUGCCCAAUCGAGAAAUAUAUUUGACUAUCUUAAAGAGACAAGGGCUAAUUGGGAUCUUCUUUCAAAUGGUGUAAAUCUUGAAGAAAUCUCGAAAAUUGUAAUUGGGCAAGACAAGGGUAGUUGUAUCUCAAUUUUACAAAUGAAUGAGGAAAUGAUAAUCCUUCAAGAGACAAAUUGGGAUCCUUUGGGAGCUUACCUGAUUUUUGCCCCAAUUGACAUUCAAUCCAUGGACAUGUUGAUGAACGGAGGAGAUUCCGAAAAUGUGGCAAUGCUUUCCUCCGGUUUUGUGGUGGUACCCGAUGGUUCGACGAGCAAUGGAAGUGGUGGCUCUCUCGUUACCGUGUCCUUUCAGCUUUUGGUCGAUGUUUGUCCGACUGCUAUUUUAAACGAGGAAUAUACUCAAAUGGUUACUAACUUGCUUAACCGAACCAUUAAUAAUAUGGAGGCCUGGUUUAAGAACUAG